UCAUCAUCAUCUUCACCACUCAAAGAACCAAAAAAGCAUCAGAAUUGACAAGGCUGUCCCAGUUCUCCACCCUUUGAUCUUGUUGAUUACUAUGAGAAGAUGAUAGACCUCAAGUACAUUUGGGUUCUUGUUUCAAUCAACAGAUACAUUCAUGAAACCUUGUCAAAUGAGAGAACAAGGAAUGCUCUAAAGCUGAAAUGCACCUCAAAACUAAGGAUUCAAAAGCAAGAGUUCUUUGAAUUCUCUGAGCAAUCAGUGCUAUCAAAUUUGUACUGGGGAAUUGACAGCAUUGAAGCUGCAAUUCAAGCUCAGAAGCCAGAGGAAAAGUCCUUCAGGCUCAUGAACUCAGAACAAAUGCUUCAGGUACCAGCAAUGCUUGAUGAGGAAGAAGUAACCGCCACGGUUUCAAACCGUUACUUGGUGUGCUGCUCCUAUUUUUACCUCUCAGUUGUUAGGAACCUGCAGGGUGAUGAGUGGCAAUCUGCACUGCAUUUUCUUCAAGCUGUGUUGGUGUCACCAAGGAUUGUUUGCAAUGAAUUUGCAACUGAACUCUCUCAGAGCCUUUUCCCUCAAGAAACCAUCAUGUUGCUGAGAAGGAAGAAGCAGAAUGUGAAGAACAACAGUGGAAGCAUGAGUUCUAGUUCUGAGGAUGAAGUGAAUGAAGCAAUUAGGGAUAUUGCAAGAAGUUAUAAGGAAGGUUUGGUGUAUUAUCAGGUUAUGCUUUAUGGAGAGAAUCCAUGGUGGAGAAGUUAUUGCAGCACCAAACACCAAUCACCACAAUAUGUGGACGCACCAAAUACCAGCUGUGUUUCUCCUAAUUCAUUUCAACAUGAACCAAGAUUGAAAACCUGCAAUAUGUAUGAUAAAGUUCAUCCACUUGGUCCCCAAGAUGUGAUGCAUAAUAUGGAAGACAGAAAAUUUCACAUAAGAGCCAAAAUAACAAAAGCAAAUGAUCUACAGAGAGAAACUUAUGACAGGAAGCUACAUCAAUCCUAUGCCUUGGAUCAUGCUGUGAAAUAUUCCGGGCAAGAACAGCUGAAUGAAAGAAGUGUGGUUAAUUUUGAUUCGACCAUAUUCAACAGAGCCAGGGAAGAUUCUACUUUAUCCAUCUCAAAUUUCCAUGUAGAUGAUGGAAUAAUUGAGGAAGCAUUGCAGCCACUAAAAUUCCAUCUCUUUGACAAUGUAACAUCUAAAUCUCCUUCCAAACAUUGGCUCAGCCAGAAAGAUCAUGAAGAAAGUUCUAAAACAAAAUCACGAAGAUAUUCCCUACAGGAUCUUUCAGGAGUGAUUCAAAGAAUCUCAGAACUGCAUUAUUCAGAAGCAUUAGGAAAGUGUGGACAAGAAUAUACGGUUGACAUUGCAUCUAUCUAUGAGUAUUUGACCGAUUCAUCAGGCGCUAGUUAUGCUUCCUUGAGGGAUGCCAUCUUGGAUGAACUGCUAGUAGCUAUCUCAACAUCCAAAGAGGAAAGAGAAAUUAGAGCUUCUGUGUCUAUUCUCACUACAAUAAUUUCAAGAAACAAAUCAGUCAUAGAAGACAUCAAGAAGAAAGGUUUAAAGUUGUGUGAUCUUGCUAGUGCUCUAAAACAAAAUGUUCAUGAGGCUGCAAUUCUCAUCUAUUUGAUAAAUCCAUCACCUAUAGACAUAAAAACAUUGGAACUUCUACCAAUACUUGUUGAGAUUGUAUGCACCUCACAUAGUUACAAGAAUAAGCCAGAGCCCCUUCUUCUGACGCCUCAUGCAGCAUCAUUGAUGAUCAUUGAAGAACUAGUGACUUCGUUCGACUAUGCAACAAAUAACAUGCAUUUGGCUGCGAUCAGUUCCCCUCAUGUUCUCAGUGGACUUCUAGAAGUUGCUAGGAAUGAUAAUCUAGAAGAGUUUUUCUCUUUAACCACCAUUCUUAUAAAAUGCAUGCAGUUUGAUGCACAAUGUAGACAGUAUGUAUCACAAUACACUCCUCUUGCUCCUUUUAUCCAUCUUCUGCAGACGGAAAAUACCCGCGCCAAAUGCAUGGCACUUGAAUUUUUCCAUGAAAUCCUUUGCAUACCGCGAUCAUCAGCCAUUAAUCUGUUGCAGCGUAUACAGAAAGAAGGAGGCAUCAAUGUUAUGCAGAUACUAAGGAUUUGUACUCAUCAAUUACAACCUGAUCACCAGCUUUUUGCAGCAAACAUACUACUUCAGUUAGAAACAUUGAACCCAUGUGAUAAAAGCUUGUUCAGAGUAGAAGCAGUGAAGGUCCUUCUAAGGGCAUUGGUAUCUCAGGAAAGCUCAGAGCAGAUAUUAUCUGCAUCCAUUUUAUCAAAUCUUGCAGGAACAUAUGCGUGGACAGGAGAACCAUAUACAGCUGCAUGGUUGCUGAGGAAGACAGGAUUGAACUCUCCCUAUCACCACAAUAUGAUAAGAAACUUCAACUGGUUGGAUCAGAGUCUACAGGAUACUGGCACAGACUUAUGGUGCAGUAAAAUUGCAAAAUCUAUGUUAAGUGUUGGAGAUUCCAUCUUCCAUGCUUUAGAGAGUGGAUUAAGAAGCAAGAUGAAAAUGGUCUCUAGAGAUUGCCUUGUAGCAAUUUCAUGGCUCGGAUGUCAAAUAUCUAAAAGCUCGGAUAGCCUCAGAUAUUCGGCAUCCGAGAUCAUACUGAGUGGAAUCGAGCAAUUCCUGCAUCCUGGGAUGGAGCUAGAAGAAAGACUUCUAGCAUGUCUAUGCAUUUAUAAUUAUGCCACUGGUAAAGGAAAGCAGAAACUGAUUCAUUUCUCUGAAGGAGUAAAAGAAUCGUUACGACGUCUUUCAAAUGUAACUUGGAUGGCUGAGGAAUUACACAAAGUAGCUGAUUUCCUGUUGCCAAACAUAUCACGUAUUUCUUGUGUUCACACACAAAUCCUUGAGACGAGUCGAAACUUCAAUGUAGCAGUUUGCUCCCUCAUAUACUACAAGGGACUCCUAUUCAGUGGAUAUUCAGAUGGUUCAAUCAAGGUGUGGGAUAUUAGAGGGCACUCAGCUAGUCUUGUAUGGGACAUUAAGGAGCACAAGAAGUCCGUGACAUGCUUUUCGCUAUCUGAACCAUCAGAUAGCCUCUUAAGUGGAUCCGCUGAUGGAACCAUAAGGGUGUGGAGAAUGGUCCAGAGAAAGUUGGAAUGUGUUGAAGUAAUAGUCUUCAAGGAACCAAUCCAUCAGUUACAUGCAUCGGGUGAAACAAUUUUCGCGAUUACUGAAAGCCAAGGAAUAAAGAUAGCUAAUGAUUCAAGGGCAAUCAGAAAUAUUUUCAAAGGUAAGCAUGUAAAAUGCAUGACACUAACUAGAGGAAAGUUAUACAUUGGCUGCACAGAUUCAAGCAUACAGGAGUAUUCCACAACAUACAACAGGGAACAAGAAAUCAAACCACCAACAAGGAGUUGGAUCAAGCAAAGUAAGCCAAUACAUUCAAUUGUAGCAUACAGAGAUUGGCUCUAUAGUGCAAGUAAGCAUGUUGAAGGCACAACAUUCAAGGAAUGGAAGAAAAAAAUUGGGAAACCCAAAAUUUCAAUCCAUUCUGACAAAGGAGAUAGUAUGAUGGCUAUGGAAGUGGUAGAAGACUUCAUAUACCUAAUCUCCAGCUCAUCUGCAAAUAGCAUUCAGAUCUGGUUGAGAGGGACACCGAAAAAACUUGGGAGAAUAUCGGCCGGAAGCAAGAUUACAAGCCUUCUCGCCGCAAAUGACAUUAUUCUUUGUGGUACUGAGAUGGGACAAAUCAAGGGAUGGAUCCCUUUGUAGGAAGAGUUUCAACACACACUUCCCUUUCAAGUUAAUUUGGUUUCAUGAGGGCUUAGUCAACUUCCAAAAUCUAAUGCCACAAGAUUGUAAUAGCUUCAGUUGCCAAAAGCUAAGAGUACAUAAUUUACAUAUCAGGGAUCACUGCAUAGUAAAUAUUAUUAUUGUACAGAAAAAAAAAACAUUGUAACAAAUGUUAUUAUACUAAGCUAGGCUGAUAUCCCUUUCAGCUAUGAUUUUGCAAAUUUA